CGUAUCUGUCACAGAUCCGAUCCAAUCAGUGUUUGUUGUGGCCAUAUGUUGAAUAGAAAUUUAAAGUAAAUUAUUACUGGGAAUGGAGACGGGGGCGCCGUUGGUGGUGCGGUCGGACGACGGGCAAGGACAGCAAACCAUCGUGAUACGCCUGAUGCAGCCGACACCGGGCGCCAACGGACAGACACAGUGCAUGCCCAUAUCCGUGCAUGCUAUUCCUCUGUAUAUCAUGCCACAGCCGCAGCAGCAGCAGCAGCCGCAGCAGCAACAGCAACAGUCGCUGGUGGAUCAAAAAUCGCUUUCCAGUCAUCGGAACCAACGUUAUUCAACGAGAGUGCAGUCAGAGGGACAAUUUCAGAGGGAGGCCAGGACGCCGGAAGAUUUUUCAGUCCCCCCAGGCAAAGUGGGUGGCCGGUCCAACGGCAACCAGAGGUGUAGACAAGUGUGCUAUAAAGUGGAGUACAUGCUAUGUCCAGAAGAUGCCUUAUAUUGUCAGCCAACGGAGCCCAAUGCUGGCAAUCAGUUCGGUGAUGUACGCGGCGAAGCUCCCUGUUGCAAUCAGUACUGUAUGGAUUAUCAGGACUCCCAGGCGGAAAAGGAGUUCACAUACGCAAUGGAAAACAUACCAAGGAAAUGUGGAAAAUGUCGAUGCGGCCCUUCGACUGCACAGGUGGGGACAAUCCCAGGCAAGAGCGAAGAUGUCCAAUGGGCUCAAAAUAUUGCUCAGACAAGCCGUGAAGAAAAUACCGAAAAUUAUGAUCAAAUGGAGCAGAAGACCGCAGAUGGCUACCGAAGGGAUCAGAAGACCGAAGAUAGCUACCGAAGGGAUCAGAAGACCGAAAAGGGCUACCGAAGGGAUCAGAAGACCGAAGCUGGCUACCGAAGAGAUCAGAGUACUAAUACAAAUGCUCAGGAGUGCCCAGACUCCCCGAAUCUUGAGUACAUCAAGACGCUCUGUGAGACGCUGGGUCGAGCUAUGGUUGCCUGUGCCACAGCGGCAGCGGAGGCUGCGGAGGGCAGGGGCAGGGUGUCUGCCAAUCUGGGUCUGUCCGCCAGCAACUGGGCAACCGCGCCCAGCUUGCUAAUGCAACAGACACCGAUAAGAGCGGAAAAACCGGCAUGCUGUUUAGACAGCCAGAUGAGUAUUACGGUGGAAAACAUCAACCCGGAGAUAGCCAACAAGCGAGGAGCGGCUCAUGCAGAUGCUGUGGCUGAAAAGCUCAAACAGACGGCAGAGAACAGCUCAGUAGAAUCCUUAGGAGCCUUAGGAGCCAUAGGAUCCCAGAGUUCAAUGGACAGCCCCGGGAAAAGAUCGUCGUACACCUUAAGAUCGAUACAGCAGACGCUUGACGUGUCACAUUCGAAAUUCCGGGACAUGCAUCAUAGCUCGAAAGGGGCUCCAGUCAACAAAGACUCCAAACAUUCGUCAGGAUUUUCGGAUGACAGUGCUAAGAAGAGGAAGAGCACACCCCGUGUCUCUACCCAGACUCCAAAAUCUUCAGUCAGUGCUAGUGAACGAAAGAGUUGUGGCUCAGCCUGUGCUUCGGAAGGGAAGAGCUCUGCCCGUGGCUCAGCCACUACGUCGGAACGGAAGAGUGAACGACCUGCAUCAAGUGCAACGGAAGGGAAGAGCUCUGCCCGUGGCUCAGACAGUGCUACGGAAAAGAAGAAGAGUUCUCCAAGGGGCUCGAAUCAGAGUGUUCUAUCUAUUGCUAAGCAAAGGAAGAAGAGCUCUCCCAGUGGCUCGAAUCAGAGUGUUCUAUCUAUUGCUAAGCAAAGGAAGAAGAGCUCUCCCAGUGGCUCGAAUCAGAGUGUUCUAUCUAUUGCUAAGGAAAGGAAGAAGAGUUCACCCCGUGGCUCGAAUCAGAGUGUUCAAUCUUCAGGUAUUGCUAAGGAAAAGAACAGUUCUCCUCGUGGCUCAGACAGUGCCGUAGCAGUUCGGAGUACAAGAUCCUCAUUCAGUGCUACCGAACGAAAGAGUUGUGGCUCAGCCUGUGCUUCGGAAGGGAAGAGCUCUGCCCGCGGCUCAGCCACUACGUCGGAACGGAAGAGUGAACGACCUGCAGCAAGUGCAACGGAAGGGAAGAGUUCUCGCCGUGGCUCAGCCGCUACUACGGAACGGAAGAAUUCUCGCCGCGGUUCGAGUCAAAGUACAGGUAGUUCUGCCAAACGGAAUUCUUCAGCCAGCAGCAGAAAAGGGUCUUCAGGGGCCAAGCCAGGCGGCAUCCGCUGUCCUACCAGCUGCCCCCAAAGCACCCUAGUGAUGUCACAAGCCAGAAAGGUGAAGACGUCUUCGCCAUCCCCAGAUAAACGGAGAGAUUUCAUAACUUCGGUGAAUAAAUCGCAGAGAUCUAUGACUUUGAAGCCCCUGAAAUGUUGUACAGCAUGCAAGUACAUCAACUACUGCUGCUGUAAUAGAGCACCAAGUCCUCCGAAACCAUUGGGUAAUUGCUGUAAAAAGGUUGGCUGCCCACCAUGGUAUUGUUAAUAGUUUCUAUAAACGGAAUUCUGGAAUAUACAUACUAGAAAUAAACAAAAUGACAAAAAUCUA